AAUCGCGGUUUCUUCAAUUUCUUGUUUACUUGUCUCGGGAAGAACGGCGCUUACAAAUCACACUUAAAGCUCAGGUUACGUAUAGGUGACCGAGGAAAGGUGUCUCGGUAACUAGCAGCUGUGGCCGGUUUUGUUGGCCACCGCUCGGCAUCAGCCGUUUACCACAGCGGGCUCUCAUCAGACCAGCGCACUGCUCUUCACGCUCGUCGUUAAUCUCGUGUCACGAAGGUGCUGCAUUAUUAAAGAGGUUCAAGAUGCCCAUGGUGCUACGAUCCAGAAAGUCCAUCCACCAGAGUCAGGCCAGCGAGGUAGAGUUACCGGACACAGGACGGGCAAAAACGAGAAGGUCGACCCGCCUGCACGGCAGAAUUACGUACGAGGAGUCAGAUGAGUCAGACUCUGAGUCUGUCCAGAGCCAAGUGAUGGAGAGACACCAGAGUCCCCCGGCUGAGCUGGAGGAGGAAGCUGCUGAGGAGGCAGAACUAACGGAGCUGAAGUCUUGUAGUGUUGUGCUGGACCGCCUACAAGCUGAGGACAAGGCUGCGAAAAAAGAGCUUGAGGAGAAAGAAGAAAUGAACCGCAAAAGUGGGAAACCCGUCUCUCGGAUCCCUACUUUCCAUAAACGACCCACCAGUGCAAGCCAGAACACGGAGGUGCCUGUUCCCAAAAAAGAUACCCCUGUUCAUGCAGCUCAGCCUCAUGAGAAAGCAGGAUAUGGAAGCGUGGAGGCUUCAAAGUCCAAACUACCCGAUGUCAGAGAAACAGCGCUCCCCCUGCCAUCAGUCCGAGUCCCCAAAGCCGGUUUCGAAGCCCCCUCUCCAUUCAGCAGCACUGAACAAGCCGCUACAUCAGCUCAUAGCUCCCAAGUGACUGCACCCAAGAGCUGGAGUUUGUCUGAGUCUGUGCAGCAUCCCCUCAUGACUGCAAGCCCCAGGCCUGCCCUAAGACCAAGACACGAGUCAGAGCAACAUUUACCAGAGCAAGACAAGAGCAAACCCUCAGAAGAAGAAGCUGAUUCCACACCAGAUGGCCCUGUAGGUCACCUUCCUCAUGAGGGCUCCCUCAGCCAAAAGCAAGAGCACGGGACGGAAGAGAUGCAUGACACUGAGGUUAAAGGCAGGAUUCCCUUCACUGCGUCUGGAGACAGCAAGACGUCUGAGUCUGCAGAGAGUGCUCAGACAACGGAGGUCAGCCAAGUGGAUGCCAUUAUGGAUGAAGAGCCACCGUGGGAAACAGAGCCGGUGAACAUACUCGAAUUAAAGGAUAGCAGAUCUUCAUCGGACGUUGAAUGUGAGGAGGAUUUGACAGGUGAGGGGUCUGAGCGCCACGAUUUAGGAGAGGUGAAAGACCACCAUGAACCACAUGUAAGCCAGUCAGAGGUUUCGAAACUGGCAGAGAUACAAGCCAGUCUGGAUGAAUCCACCUCUUCUGUAGCACCAGAGAAGCCCACUAAAGCCAGAUCAAGCAAGACAACCAAGAGCUCAGGAUGCUCCAGUUUUACCCUCUUCUGCUUCCUGCCCAUGGCCUUGCUGCUUCUCGGAGGGUUCGGUCAGCACGUGUGGCACUAUGGGCUUCCCAUGUCUGUGGCCCAGCUCACAGCUCAGCUGGAGCUACAGUGGCUAGAGGGCCUUGACUUGGUACCAGAGCCUUGUAGCACUGAUUGUCGAGUGCAUCUGGUGGAGAGCAUCCCCGUGGGUCUCUACCAGGCUUCUCCCUCCUCCAGACAGAGCAUUGCAAACAGCUGGCUGCAUCUGCUUGACAAGGCCAACAGCUCCGUCCACAUUGCUGCUUUCUACUUCUCACUACGAGGCAGCGAUUUGGAGUUUACUGAUUCCUCUGACUCUCAGGGACGAGAGGUCUUUGAACACCUGAAACAACUUGAAUCGAAAGGCGUGAAACUUCAGAUUGCUGUCAACGCCCCCCAGACCUCAACCCAAGACACAGCAGAGCUGGCUGCUACAGGUGCAGAAGUCAGAGAAGUAAACCUCAAAGCUGUAACUGGAGGCAUCAUCCACACCAAGCUGUGGGUGGUGGAUCAAAAGCACCUCUACCUGGGUAGUGCCAACAUGGACUGGCGCUCUCUCAGUCAGGUGAAGGAAGUGGGUCUGUCAGUGGAGGACUGCAGCUGCCUGGCUCAGGAUGCCUUUCGGAUCUUUGGGGUGUACUGGAGCAUCGGUGGUGCAAACAAUGGCUCCCUGCCCCUGUACUGGCCUGCUCGCCUCUCUGCCCUGUCCAGCUCCCAGAAUCCUCUGCGUCUGAAGUUCAAUGGAGUACCUGCUCAGGUCUACCUGUCUAGUGCCCCUCCACAAAUAUCAGCCCGAGGCCGCUCUGACGACCUCUCCACCAUCUUGUCUGUCAUUGGCGAUGCCCAGAAAUUUGUUUACAUCUCUGUCAUGGACUACCUUCCUCUGUCUGAGUUCACACAGCCGCUCAGGUUCUGGCCCGCCAUCGACUCCGCCCUGCGCGCUGCAGCCUGUACCCGUGGGGUGCAGGUCAGACUGAUGGUCAGCUGCUGGGAGCACUCCCCUGCCUCCAUGUUCACCUUCCUGCAGUCCCUGCUGGUGCUUGAUAGGCCUCCGCUGAAGUGUGACAUUGACGUAAACAUCUUUACGGUGCCUUCAACAGCAGAGCAGAUGAAGAUCCCCUUUGCACGAGUCAAUCACGCCAAGUACAUGGUUACAGACAGGGUGGUCUAUAUAGGGACGUCCAACUGGUCAGAGAACUACUUCACUCAGACUGCCGGCGUGGGCUUGGUUGUGAACCAGACGGGCUCAGAAGUUGGAAAAGGCCAGCAGACUCUGCAGAGCCAAAUGGAGGAGCUCUUCCUUCGAGACUGGAGGUCCCAGUACGCCAGCCGUCUCUCUGUGGACAGCGUGGAUGUCUGCCAUCAUGGCCGACACUGAGGGUUUGUUGUUCAAUAAAGCACAUUGCAUUGUAGAUGAGCAUUUCGCUUACUCCUGCCACUUGAACUUUAUUUUACUUAUGCAGAAAUCAGCUUGCUGCACUGUGUGAGUGAACAGUUUAUUUGAUUGCUGUUUUCUGACUGCCUGCCUUUCUCUGUAUAUAAUUGCGAUUUUAUAUUUAGUUUCAGAAUGUGUUAUUUUUAUACUGUGUAAUGUCUUUACUUGAGCAGAGGCGCAGGGGAACUCGCUUUUUACAAUUUAUUUUAUGCCUGGAGCAUUUUGCAUAAUUUCCUUUAAAAAUGUCGGUGCCAAGCUUUAACCAUCUCAUGCAGGAAAUUAAACAUUUCCAAAGAGGUGCAUCCACCAUGGUCAUGUUUACACUGCUGAAGCUAUCAGCUGUUAAUAUUCAUGUGUAGUGGAACCAUGUGCUGUAAUAUUAAUCCAACAGUACAAGAUUCUUGUAAAUAAUGGCAGUUUUCCAUUUAUACCUGAUGUUUGGCUCACAAAGAAAUCUAGUGUAAGGAUUACCACCAUAGAGAGAAAAUAACUCCCUCAAAUGAGAGCGAGCGUGGCAGCGUGGCUUGUUUUUUGAUGGAAGUGUUUGUUCUGGAAGAACCAUUUUCCUCGUCUGGAGUCUGUUUUACUGUACUGAGAAUCACUGUGCUGUUUCUUUGAUCAGUUCAUUACCAGGGUUUUAUCUGUUGAAUGCCUGAGAUCCUGCUUCUGUUAUCAGCUGACGUGUUGUGUCACUUCACACUGUAAAACAAAGGGACCUCCUGGCUCUGGAUGGAACGGGGGACAUUUCAGUUGACCCCUGACAAACAGAGCGGUAUAAAUAAAACCUGAUCCCCGGCUAGUGGUCUUUGAGAGCUUCUUCUUGAGCACAAUGAGUGACACGUUGAUUUGUUGACGAAGGAACAGACAUGGUUGUAAGAGUUGUGACCUAACUUCUACACACUUCUUGUGUAUCUCUCCUGAUAGCUAGCUAAUUCAGUUUGUGCCCUUCUUAGGAUAUCUGAUGCCACUGAAUUAAAAUAAUAAAUGGGAUUUAAUGGGAUUUUUGUAAACAAGUGUCUACAGCCAUGCUAGUAGCCCUGUGAGGCUGUACUUAAACAAAGCAGUGCUUUGAGCUAAACACUAAAAACAGCAUGCAGAUACACUCACUAUAACAUGCUAACGUGCUAAUGUUUAGCAGAUAUAAUGUUACAAUCCUCGUUUAUCCUGUUAGCAUGCUAACAUUUGUUAGUUAGCAAAGUACGGCUGUCUUUAGUAUCUGAUCACAAACCAAAGUAGUGGAUGAAUGUAAUGUGUGAAGACAUAAAACACUCUUGA